CGACUCCUCUUUUACGCUUCUGUCGCAAUGGCGACCGUCUCUGUUGUAGGCAUCGCCGGCGAUGUGCUUCAGCGAAAUGACAGCGUUGCCGACAUCACCAAGGACAAGCACAUUCAGAUUUCAGUUUCCCCUAUUGAAGACGAUGAGAUCAGCGCCGCAGGAAAACACAGUGUCGACAGCCUGAACUCGGAACGGUCGCAAAAGAGCGUCGAAGGACAAGUUGCGCGACUGCGAGAGGAAAUUGCCGUCGCAAACAAUGUCUUGGAGCUCUGCAUUCGUGAAGCUGUCACCGCCAAUAGCACGCUCGAGAAGAAGAAGCUCCAGGAAAGGACCAAUGCCGCGUACACAGCUUGGGCGGCGAAAGAGCUGAUCUUGAGCGAUUUGUUGAACUCAAUGCAAGACUCAGACGACAGCUCAACAUACAGCUCAUUCACAACUAAUACUAGGAAACUGAGCAUUCAGCCCUACCCAACUAUGACCAUGCACGUGCGAAAAAGUUCCCAGGUCCCGUCAGAAGUUUCGUCAUCAGCGACAGCCUUUAUGCAACAGAUCGGCUGGGUGAGCCCUGCAUCACUCAUUCAGUACCUCAACAGCGGCAUCGAUGUCAAUGGCAUGGGCCAAUUUCCUGGCUAUCCGCAACACCCAAUUACCCCGUUAAUGGCAAUCAUCCGCUCUCCAUUCGUUUCCGAGUCCACAGAGAUCAUCGAACUCCUCCUCGAUCAAGACGCAGAUCCAUGUCUUCGCGACAGCCAAGGACUUUCUGCAUUUGCACAUGCCAUCUACGCACGACGAAAAGACGCUGUCAGACUAUUCAUCCUGACUUUACUCGACUAUGAACGCUCCGGCUUCCCCACAGGCAACGCAUCCAUGAACCUAGAUACCACCUGGACCGGCGCCAAGCACCUGCGCUGGGAAGCAGCACAAGCCAUCAUCAACAGCGACCUGCCCACCCUCACAUCUCUCCUUUCAGACGCCGCAUCAUAUAACACCAUCCUCCACACCGCCUGCCUCCCUCUCGCCAUCCUCUUCGAAAAUAUGCCCGCCGUGGACGCGCUCCUGGCCUACGGCAUCAACUCCUUCGAGCUCUUCCGCCGCUCCCCCGCACACGCCAGCCGGCCAUUCACAAGCCCCAUGUCCAUGGCCAUUUACAUGCAGAACAUCGACAUGGUGCGCACCCUGCUGUUCCAGGACUUUGAAACCUCAGAGCGAAGGGGAAGGAUCUGGUACGCGCAGCUCUUCGCUUCCAUGCCAGCGUCGUAUCCUAAUACUGAGAUCGUUGAUUUUGUUCUGGACAAUGUUCCGCUCGUGGAAGCAUUCGAUCGCGCAAUCAGAUGCGAGGACAGGAACUGGAUCCACCGGAUUAUUUUGCGCACCGUCAGCCUGCUUUUGCAGCCUAGUGACGAUCAGACUGGGAGUCGGAAUAUGGCUGCCGAGGCUUUUGCAAAUCUGUUCGACCGGGCAUGGAAUCUGAAGUUGUGUUCGAGGAAAGCGCUGGCGACGGAGAUUGUGGAGAUGGUUGAGCGCGAGACGGAGAGGGAUUUUACUUUUGUCGCGUGUGGGGGUACGCUCGGAAUUAGUAGUAAGAUGGUGGAUAAACUUACUAUUGCUGCGAAGGGGAGGGAGUGAUUUUGAUGAAAGGUCUGGGCGUGGGAAUGAUUGAUGUGGAUAUGCAAGGAGUUUGGGCGCAAGCGAAAAGCGCAUAGUAUGCAGGAUCUUUAGUAUGUAAUGUAAUCAUGAACGGGUCGUUCGAUGACCGAACUACGGUCAUACCUCAACUACGCAGCUUGAC